UGUGUUUUUUUAUUUCAUACACACUUCCCUUCUCUAUCUCUCUCUCUCUUCUUCUAUAUAUCUCUUCCCUUUAUUGAUAUAGUAGACAUACCAAAACACACAAUAUUUCAAGAUGAACAAACAAGACUUCAUGAAACUUCAGACUUGUGUUCUAAGAGUGAAUAUACAGUGUGCUUGUGAUGGGUGCAAGCAGAAAAUUAAAAAACUCUUGAAUAAAGUUGAUGGGGUGUAUAAAACUAGCAUAGAUCUUGAUCAAGGAAAAGUUACUGUGUCUGGAAAUGCUGAUCCAGCAGCACUUAUUAAAAAGCUUAACAAGGCCGGGAAACAUGCUGAGCUAUGGGGACCACAGAAAGGUGGGAAUGUUCUUAAUAAUCAGUUUAAAAACAUGGUUUUAGAUAACAAGGGUAAAAAAGGCGGCGGUGGUGGUGGUGGAGGUGGUGGUGGGAAAGAUAAGCAGAAAGAUGGGAAGGGUAAUCAACCGAUACAAAUACCCAUUAGCGGGUUUAAGGAUUUAAAGUUGCCAAACAAGGACCAGAAACAGGUGAAGUUUAAUAUACCGAUUGGUGGUGGUGGGCAUGGCGGUGGGGGGUUUGACGAUGAGGACGAUUUUUACGAUGAUGAUAGUUUUGAUGAUGAUGAGUUUGAUGAUGAAUAUGAUGAUGAAGAUGAUGAUAGUUUUGAUGAGUAUGAGAAAAAGCCCAAUAAAAUGAUGGCUGGGCCAGGGGUGGGUGGACAUGGACCCCAUGGGCCAAUUGCAAUGAUGAAUGGUAAUGGCAAAAAAGGACCAGGUGCAGGGUUUGAAUUGCCUGGACAGUUCAAAGGCAUGGCUGGAAAAAAUGAUGCUAAAAAUGGUAAAGACAGUAAAAAGGGUGGUGGUGAGAGUGGUAAAAAGGGUAAAGAUGGUAAAAGUGGGGGUGGUGGCGGUUUUGGUGCCUUUUUUGGAAGUAAGAUUGGUGGGGCACUUCUUGGUGGCGGUAAAAAGAAACAAAGUGCGUCAAGUCCUAAGGGCGGCAAGAAAGGAGACAAGAAAGGCGAUAAAGGCGGAAAACAUCACGACGAGGGAAAGUUCAAUGGUGGCGGUAAACAAAGCGAGUUUCUAGAGUUCAGUAAACCUCAAAACGGUGGUGGUGGGAAAAAUAAGGGACAAAACGGCAGUGGUGGGAAGAAUACGGGGCAAAACGGUGGAGGUGGUGGUGCUCGUAAUAUUGGUCAAAUGGGUGGUAACCCAAUGAUGCCUCAAAUGGGUAACUACUCAAUGGGUCAAAUGGGUGGUUACCCAAUGGGCCAAAUGCCAUCGGCACAAGGUUUACCAAUGGGAUACCGACCUCAAGGGAUGGAGCAUGGUGGUAACCCGUACCAGCAACAACAACAAUUUCAGCAACAACAAUAUCAGCAGCAACAAUAUAUGCAAGCGAUGCUGAUGAAUCAACAGCGGGCUAAUAUGUACCACCCUCAGAUGCUGUACGGCGGUCAGCCACCACACGGUGCAUACGGGCCACCAAUGGGACAACAUGGUGCGUACGGGCCACCAAUGGGAGCACCGGCGAACGAUAACAUGACUCAUAUCUUCAGUGAUGAGAACACUGAUAGUUGUAGUAUCAUGUAGGAUUUCCAAGUAUUUCUGUGAGUUUUAAUUAGUUUUAUAGAUGAAAAUUUAAUUUUAUAGGAGGCAGAAAAGGGGGCCUUUGUGGCUGUAGGGUAGAAGAACAUGGAGCUUGUAGUUUGUGUAUUGUUUAUAUUAUUAAUGUUUGUUAUUAUCUAUGAUCUAAAAAUCAAAAGUUUUGCCUCA